UAGUGAUUCGAAAAUAAAAUGCAGCCUUUACCAGCUUCAUAUUAUGGCUCUUUAGAUAAAUCUAACCCGGUCAUUUUGGCUUUUGAGAAGGAUUUAAAAGAGUUUAGAUCGUAUGUGAAAAGAAUUCGGGAUUCGCUCAGCUUCGACCACUGCUCUUAUUUAAAAGGGUCUUUAAAACUGUUUGACAUCUGGAAGAAAUAUGAACCUCGUCUUCCGAGCCUUUAUUAUGAAGAGACUUUGCUGGACAUCUCAGAUUUUCUUUUCGAGAAUAACUUUUAUAGAUUGGCACUGUGGCAGGGAUACAAACUCUAUUUACAACGGAUCUCCACUGCUAGCUUGGAGAGCAUCAGAGAUGUGAAGCAAUUCGAGCAGGUCUUCUUCCCUCAAGGCUUUCACACUGCAGGAGCAAAACUUACGCUCCGUGCUUUGUAUGGGGAAUGCAUGUGUGUUUUUCACUUGGAACGUGAGAGAUGCAAGCAGCCGGAUUGCAUCGGGAUGCAGAAACUGCUCAGCAUUCUAGGGUUUUUGCGCAUCAUUAUGCAGGCCAUCCUGCCUCAUGAAAGCCUGUGCUGGUUGUUGUACAAUGGUUCUUUGUACAUCUACAAUAUAUGUCGGUUCUUAAUGUCAGUGAGUCACUCUGCUCAGGCUAUUGAAUAUUUACUGUGGGGAUGUGUGUGUCUGGAAACAUCCAUCCCAUUGCUAACUCCUAGGUUUCUGCCCUGGAGAGCCACUCUGUACUGUAGUGUUUGUGAAUGUUACUAUAGUGGCGAGGCUGCUGUACAAGCAGAGGUGUUUGCUAGACAAGCUCUUGCUAAAAUAGAUGAACUAGGAAAGCUGCAGAAGAUGACUGGAUUACCAUCUACACCAGAGACAAACCAAGCCUUUAAAGAUGCUACAAUCAAAGUUGCGGCCAUGGUGUUUAAACGCUUAGUGUAUGAAUCUCAAAGGAAACCUAAAGGAUUUUUCCGGUUGAAACAGAAGGGCAAUCUUAAGGAUGUUCAGAAUACCCAGAGUCCAUGGCCACGUACAACAACUGAACGCAUCCUGAUGGAGCUGUUUGAAGGAAAUGCUGCUCAGUUCCUGGCAGUGUUGGAGGCUCUGUGGGACAGUUCUCGCAGACCUUUGCAGACUGGUACAUUGGAUGACCCUGAUUAUCAGGAGGUGGCAAUCGAGCUCAUGUCAGCUGGCAUCAGCAUACUAUCUGGAAUUGGUGGCUCACCUGAUCGAGUCCGGAAUGACAGCCUGCCCUUGUCUUUGAAUGCCCUUGCUCCUACUUGCACCCUCUUAGAGAUGGCUAUAGCUGGUGAGAAUCAGAUUUCAGUGGAUGCUGCAGUGAAGUUUGUGAAGCUGCUGUUUAGAUAUGAACAGUGGGACGUGUUUUGCAGCCUAUCAGACAACCUUGUGACAGUGCUUUCUGGUUUGGAGGGUCGUCUUUUCCGGAAGGCUGAGUUAGAACUCACCCUGCUGGAGGCCAUGGAGCGUGUCUUGUCCACUCAAAGGGUCCGUCAGGGGACCAAAGAGCUCACGACUGACAUUCAAUCUGAUAAAGAGCAACCUUCAGGGCUAAUUAGCAUGACAGAUGAGCUUUUAAAUCUGGUCCAGACUCUGCAUGUUUGUGUGUGUGAGGCAGCUCAGGACAUCAGACCUGAUGAGGACCUGGUCUUGGAUAUUGUACUGUUCCUCUGGGCAAAAUAUAAGCUUGUGUUUCAGAGGGUUCAGGCCAGACCAGACCCAGCAUGCUACAUAGGCAAAAUGGCUUUUCCAGACAAGUGGCUCCAGACUCUGUUCCUUUUGUGUGAGGUGGCCUAUAUGUGUCAAUUAGCUGAGAUAGAUCCAGUGGCAGUGGCUGAGAUGACUCUCAGAUUGACCUCAGUACUGGAGAUCAGUGCAGACUCACUUCUAUUGACCAUCCCAGCAAAAGACUCAAAUAAAGACAUCAAUCUGCAAACUCCCUCUUUUGAAAAACCUACAGCCACAUCUAGUUUGAACUCACAUGCAGAGCAUCUUGAGAUGGCAUGGACUGUGCUGGAGAAAGGUCUAGAGUGUGUAUCAAGAAGCAGGACUGUAUCUCUCUCUCACGAUGCCUCUGCAAUCUCUGACACUGUGUUCUUACAGAAAUUUAGUGGAGAAGGUUUGAGAUCUUCAGAGCAUGAACAGAUUAAGAACGGUUCAAGCAUGAGAUCUCUCCUAAUAGAUAUGCAUAUGGAACUACUGGCUUUCCAGCACAGAAUAUUCUUCAAACUCUUGGAUAUUUACCCAAAUGAUGAGAAUCCUGAAGGGAAAAAGAAGCCACUCGUGCAAAAUGCACAAAGACAGUUUACUACUGAAUAUUCUGAGAGAGCCAGAGCAGAAGGUGCCCUGCAAGAGAAGAUUAAGAAGAACAAAAUUUCCAAAGUUUUGUUUCUGGCACAGAAGGCCUUAUUUCUCUAUAAGAAAGAUGCUACUAACAAAUGCACCAAAAAGCUGCUUGAGGAGGCUUUGACAUUACUGGAGAAAGCAGGUCUGGAAGAGAAGCGGAUGACCAUUUCUGCUACUUCUGCAGAGAUGGGAUCAGGAGUGGAAGAAGGGUGUAGACCCCCACCUGUGCUGCUGUCCCGUAGCAAUCGAUCUUUAACUUUUACACCAGCACCAUACAUGCUGGAGGAGCAGGUUUGCUGGUAUGGUAUUUAUGGUAAAGAAGUUGAACGUGUCAACCUGAAAGUACGGACCAGAGACUGCCACCUGGUUGGCACUGGUGAAAUGAUUUCAUCUAGAAGUGAACGCUUGUUUCAUGUAAGUGGCCUGGAACCCAACCAGAAAUAUGUCUUUGCUGUGGCAGCCUACGACGCUCAGGGCAACUUAAUUGGAAGCCGUAUUGGAGACACCACCAGGCCAGUGCUAGCCUCUCUUCCACUGCCUCUGUUGACAACCUGGGGACAUUUAGCUCAGGUGGCCUACCAAACAGGCCAGUAUACACUAGCCAAGAAAACCUGCAGUGAGAUAUGGAGCCACUUUACUCUUUCAGCAGUUACUGAUUCUGGAGUCUGUGAGGAACCAGUGGAUAAAAAAGCUACUGAGAGGCUUGCCCAGACAAUUGUGCCCAGAGAUAUUGCAGCUUUCCUCUCCUGUACUGCAGCAGCUUUUCUCACCUCAAUCUUUAUACAGACCAACAUUCACAUCCAGGAGGGAGCACUAUACUGUGACUCCCUCAGUGAUGGAAGCCCUCUGAUCUGGGGACAGGAGGCUAGACUUGCAGAGUGUGAGAAGAUGCUUGUGGCCAUAGAUCUGUCACUACAUCUCAAUGACAGCAAUGCUGCCCUGCAGGCUGUAGUGACCUGCUAUGGCCUCCUGGCACCACUUGUCUUCUAUCAGAUCCCAUCAGACCCUGCGAUUCAGGUGCUGUUGAAGUGUCUGAAGGUGCUGCAGAAGAUUUCUGCUGCACUCAAACAGAAAAGGCCUGUUGCUACUUCUGAAUCACUAUAUCACAUGGUGGCCUGUAUCACACAGUAUGUAGGCAAGGGCUUGAAAGAUGAAUUUUUGGCUUCUUCAGUGAUGGAACAAGGGAAGCAGCUCCUACUAGAGAUGAAUGAGAAUCUCCAGCCACAAGAUAGGGUAAAGAAACCCCAAAAGAAGGCAGAGGUUUGCAUCCAGGAAGCUGAACCAAGUGAGGAAUUGAAGGCUUUGACAUGUAUUGCUUUAAAGCAGCAUGAAAAACUGCAGACAUUUAAAAACAGGGAUGAUCCAGCUUGGAACAGAGAAGCAGUGGAUUAUUUUGACUGUGAACUGAGUGGAGAAGAAAAUCCCAAUAUUCUGUACAAGAUCAUUGGUUCCAGCUCGCUCAGGAAUGAUUUUCAAAAUGUGAUGAAGUUUAAAGAAAUGUCUUGCUUUAUGGAGUUUGCUGCACUCCUGCUACAGAAAGCGCUGCAAAAAGAUGAGUUAGAACUGCUAAUACAAUACGGACAAGAAAUCUUCAACUGGCUUAAGAGUCGAGAUGAAAAUUUGACAUUGCCGAAGAAGCCUAACAGGAAUUUAAGAAAUGAUCAGAAGAAGUUUACAUCAUCUAUCAUACAGUACUGCAUUAAAAUAAACAGAGCUCAUAAAAAGAAGAAUGUGUUGAAGAAAUCAGUUUCCAACUCAAAAGGCUCUGAGAAAGAGUUCAAAGCAGUAGAAACAUUGAUGAAACAGCUGGGAUUGCUGAGAAGGCACCAGCAGCAGAGGAUGAUGAGGCAGGUCCUCUCAGACGAGUUACCAUGGCGAUGCCUCGCCAAUCUGACCCUGGCUCAAGCACACCUGGGUCUCCUGAGAAGGAACUUUCAACUUCACCCUGUAGCACCUGCCCAACAAUGUUACAGCAAGCUGUCUUUGCACUUCUUCUCCUUGGCACACACUGGAACACUGGUGAAAUGGAGUAAUAUUUCCCAACACAUCAAACCCCCUGAGUUGAGCCCUUUAUUCCUUAAACCCACCAUUCACAAAGCCAAGGGUAUCAGUCAAGGAGCGGCAAACAUUAAUGGAGAGACGUCUGGAGAAAGUGAAGUGGAAACUGAUCAGGAGAUUCUGACCAGUGACUCAGAUUGCAGUGAAACAACAUCCCGUAACCGUUUUAAACCCCUGGACACCAUUUACAAGGCCUCAAUAUACCUCAGGAGAGCCAUGGUUCUGGCCUAUCGUGGAAGUCUUUGGACAUCCCUGCAGUGGGUCUGUGAGAAUCUUUGGGACCAGUUCAACUCCAUUGCAUUUAUAAUUGAGUGUAACCAGAGCUCUGAGACUUACAGGACACUGACACUUGACCAGUUCUACACAGUGUUCACACCCUUGCUGGCUCUGGCUUCAGAUCUGCUCAUGGACAUGAUUGAGAAACUACAGCUUUGGAAGGUGUAUGAUGAGGAAGGUGAAGAGUUAGAAGCCAGGCCUCUGAAUGCUGGUAUGCUGGUAGAUCUAAAGUGGAUGAAGAAUUUGGUGUUACACACACUGGAGCUCCUAUUCUAUCAGGCUAAAUGGGAAACACUUGUCCAUCUUGCCUUGAUAUACAACUUUUAUACACGGGAACGCUACACUCAUAUAAUAACCCCAGUGUUGGUAUAUGCUCAGAGAAGGCUACUGGAAAGAAUAAGCAGCUUUGGAGGCCCUUCAGUCCCUCAGCCACAUUUCACUUACACAGAGUCGGUCACUGGAGAAAAGGUGACCUGUAGAAACUAUGCAGAGAAACAGCUGCUUUUACAUUCCAGUGUGAAGAGUUGGCUUGACAAUUCUGCUACCAAAGUUUCCUCAGAACCUCUGGAGCUGGAAGAGAGGAAAAGAGCCAUGUGUGUGGUCUCUGUGCCACUGGACAUUGAUGACACGCUGCACUGCUUCAGAGAGUCCCUGUCCAAGAGAUGCCACACAGUUUGUUCCUUCCAGCACAGCCACACACUUCUCAUGCUUUUGCUAGCUGAGGCACAGCACUCGAUAGAGGCGCCAUUCUGUGAGGAGUCCUUUCAUGGCUCACAGGCCAGUGUAGAGUUGAAAUCAGCAGCCAGCAUGGCACCAUCCAUCAGUCCUCCAGACCUGUCCAAUGAAGACUACAACUCCAUGGGCUCUGUUUAUAGCUCUCCUCUGUCUCCAUCGCACAUCCAGACUGUCCUGUCUUCCUAUAACAGCUCUAUCAAAUACCUUCAGGAAAAUAAUUAUAACUCACUGCAAGUUCAAGCUCUGCAUGACCUUGGGAAUCUGCAUUUCUACAACGGAAAUCUGAAGGCUGCUCAUUCAAAUUGGAGUAAGGCUUUGGAUCAUGCCUUGCAGACAACAAAUGUGCUUGAAUCCUGGGAUGGUGAUUCAUCUUCACAGCCCCUGAGACAUGCUGGGAUAUGGGGUUGUCUCCAGGGUGCAUUGUUGUCUGCCAAGAUUGCUCAGUACAUCUUAACAUCUAACAUUAGCCAACGAACAAAUUGCUGCUUUCUUUCUGCUAAGCUCUUUAAGUGUCUGUUAAAGGCGUCCAUGCCUCAUCCUGACAAUGAUUUGGAGUACUCUUCUUAUACGCUAAAUACGGAGCUCAUCCCUGGGAUGAAUGUCUUCUCAGAGGUGGACCAGACAUUCGCCGGCAGCACUGUGGCCAGCCUGGACUUUUUGUGCCACUGGCUGUACACUUCAGGACAUCACCUUACAGCACUUCCUCUCGUGGUUCUCUACCAAUACAUAGCCAGUAAAGUAUGUCGGCAUCCCCAACUCACCGCAGCAUCCAGAAUACUGAAGGUAAAGAUGUUGACUGAGUUGCACCUAUUUGCUGAGGCGGUAAAAGAGAUACACAAUCUCUGUGAUGGAGAGGAAGUUCCCUUGCCUUACAUCAGCUACGUUAAAGCAGAGAAAGUUUCGAAAUGGAAGACGUUCAGUAAUUAUAAACCUCUCACGGAUCCUUGCAAUCUUGAGGUUUUAGAGGAGCUAGUGAACAAGAAAAUCACUGAAGAAAUCAUGGCUUUUUACAGUACCAAACUGACCUGUCGACUCCACAUAGCCAGACUUCAGCUCAUCUUGGCCAUGUGCAGAACAAUGCAUGACCUUCCUGAGCCAUUUACAGAAGAUCUGGAGGCACUGAUGAGGUCCACUUCUCCCUGCUGGCGCAACUCCAGCACUGACGAGUUUUCAAGCAGUACGUCACUGAUUAAUGUGGAGCCCAAAGGCCUGCAGCUCCAGUCCCAAAAGGAUGCCCUUACACCAGGACAAAUCAAGGCUCUGCUACUAAAAGAGAUCUUCGAGCAGCUCAGCUCUGAGUUGUUUGCCUUUCAGCACACCCAUACAGAUCCUGAGGAGCUGGAGCUGGCUGUGGAGAUCAAACUGCUACUGUCCAGUCUCACCCUGCAGCAGGGCAAAGCUGCCUCAAGUGCAGAUCAGGCAGCAUCUGCUCUCAGGUUACUGCAGGACUCUCCUUUGCUCCAGAAUGACAGUAUAAAACAGCCGCUCCUCAAACACCCAUCUUCUGUGCUUAAGCAGUCAAAAAUCAAAACUGAGCAGCUGGGCGAAGCAGAGCUAGAUGCUGGGCCUCAGCUAGGGGACGUGCCUGCUGCAGUGGAAGCUUUAGAGCGCAUGGGCCGGUCACUGUGGCUCCGCUGCACACUGGCUCUGGUCCAGAGCCUCACUGCUCACAUUCCUGGCACUGUCAUCUACCCAGGUGUGGACAGCAGUGUGGAGGCGGAUGGGUUGAUAAGACAAGGCCUAGCAGAUGCUGAGGCCUGGGGAGACCCGGACACUCAGACCAUGCUGCUCCUGCAGAGGGUCACAUUAAAUACACACUGUGGUAGAGCACUGGAGGAGAGCACCUCCAUGCUGCAGGAGGUGGUAAGUCUACUGUCUGGUUGUAGUGCUCUAUCUCUGCAUUCUGGUCUUUUACUUGCCAAGGCCACUCUUUUGCUGGGUGAACUGAGGGGCUCAGAUGGCCAGUCACUUUACAUACUCGCUCAAAAACUACUGCAGCAGCAGUUAAAAACAUUGGGGGAGGGUACUGUGCAAAAGGCAGGAGGAGAAUCCAUUCCAGCUUGGAGAAACAUUUACCAUCCACAGCUUCCUCUACUAUCCAGGACAACCAUGCACCUGGGUCAGUGUUUGGCCCUGCAGGCUGUGCUGAGCUCAAAAAAAGAUGAUGAACAACACUCAAAUCUUUGGUUAUUGGCUCAGGAGGAGCUUCAUACUGCACUCAUCAUCUCCAGAGCCUCUGCAACCAGGGACCCCCAGCUGGAAGCUAAUAUCCUGUACCUUAAAGGAUCUGUGGAGAGGGUCCUGAUGUCACUAGGCACACUCAGCCACCAGACAGUGGUAAAAACCUUCUUAGAGAGCAUCACACGGGCUCAUUCUCACAGCCACAGUCUGCAGUUGAUUCACGCAUGCUAUAUGGAGUUAUCUUUAAUAUACCUGCAGAAUAUGGAAAAUUCCAACAAUGACCUUGCAGAACCUCCACGGCGUCUUAAACCUAACAAGUGCUCAAAUUCAACUCCUGUGGCAGAGAGUAACUUGCUUCUUCUCUGGGUUUGUCUGAGAGCUGCUGGAAGGACAAUGGAAGUGUUUACAAAUCAUGCCCAGUUGUGUGGAAUCACUGCAGAAGCAGAAGGCCCGAUUUCUCUUUUAUCUCUCCAAGCUCUUGCUGAUUUUGCUUCCAAUGAUCUACUCAUUCCUUGCGGUGGACUGGAGGAACCCAUGUUAGAUCAGCUCAGUUCUGCUCCAGAUACAGAGAGUAGCCCUAAAGUUAAGAGAAGCUCUGAGAUCACCUGGGUGCACCUCUCUCGCUACUAUACACACCUCCUCAAUCUGAGGCACAUCUCCACACAGCCAAUGGCAGGUCAGUCAAUGGAUGAGGUUAUAUCUUUGGCCGGUGAUUCAAAUUUAACACUCAGACUUAAUCAGUUACACACAUUCUUCAGUGAUCACCUAACAAUUUACAAAAAGAUGUGUGUUAUACCUGAUCCUCCAUCUGCCCUCAUUUUGGAGCCUCAGACUAUACAGCAGACAGUGUCUCGUCUUUAUCCAUGGGCUGCACUGAACAAACACCAGCUCUGCAUUCAGUGGCAUCGACACAUGCUGGCAAGCAGUGGACUAUCAGACAAAAUGAUAACACUGGUCUUUGCAUUGAAUAAAGACCAGAUGUCAAACUCUAAGACCAACAUACAGGCUGCUGCUGACAUAAAGGCUGGACACAGACUCAUCUCUUUAGACAGUUUGAAAGCUCUCCAUGUCCAGCUGAUCUCAGUCUGUGUAGAGGCCGAAGUGGAUUUGAGAGUUCCUGCCUUUUCUUCAUCCAGCAAGAACACCUCUGUCAGAUGUUUACAGAAGAGUGAACCUGAUAGCAGGACCCCUGUUAAAGUCAGCAAUAGCACACUGCAACAGAUUCUGCUGGAGAAAACCAGUCAUAUCUGUACCGAGAUAAGAAAUCUGCUGAAGCCUGAUUUAAAAGAAAUUCCUAUCACAAAGGUACCUUUUAAGCCAAGUGUUCAGAUCUUGUGUGACCUGGAACGCUGCUUUAACCCAGCCUCAGGGGCCACUUUGGAGGACAAAGCUCUAAGUGACUGGCUCUUCUCGCUUCUCACCUGAGACUACAACAGCUCAAAGACAACAAAUAGACAGCUAUCAUGAAGUAAUCCAGUGCUUUUCAAACUGAUGUCUAUCUACUGGGUCAGGAGUAUGUGUGUGAUUAUAAUCUAAAAUAAUACAACUCAAAUGUU